UUUCUCUCCCACAGUGCCUGUGGGCGGGCGGGUGCAUGGACAGCCCCAGCAACGCCACCGUGCCCCGAGGCUUCCUCCUUCAGGGCUUCUCUGAGUUCCCGCACCUGAGGCCUGUGCUCUUCCUACUGCUGCUGGCCGUGCACCUGGCCACCCUGAGCGGGAACCUGCUCAUCCUGGCGGCCGUGGCCUCUGUGCCCACCCGGCCGCCCAUGCUGCUGUUCUUAUGCCAGCUGUCAGCCAUCGAGCUCUGCUACACUCUGGUGGUGGUGCCCCGCUCCCUGGCCGACCUGGCCACCCCCAGCCAGGGCAGGGGCAGCCCCAUCUCCUUCCUGGGCUGUGCUGUGCAGAUGCAGAUGUUCGUGGCGCUGGGCGGGGCCGAGUGCUUCCUGCUGGCUGCCAUGGCCUAUGACCGCUAUGUGGCCAUCUGCCACCCACUGAGCUAUGCAGCUCUGGUGACCCCCGGGCUGUGCAUGCGACUCGCCCUGGCCUGCUGUCUUGGGGGGCUGGCAGUGUCUGUGGGGCUCACAGUGGCGGUCUUCCACCUUCCUUUCUGUGGCUCCCACUUGCUUGUGCAUUUCUUCUGUGACAUCACAGCGCUGCUGCAUCUGGCCUGCACACGGAGUUAUGUGGAUGAGCUGCCUCUGCUGGGUGCCUGCCUGGUGCUGCUGCUGCUGCCCUCCACACUCAUCCUGGCCUCCUAUGUCGCCAUUGUCACUGCCCUGCGCCGCCUGCGCUCCUCCACGGGCAGGCACAAAGCCGCCUCCACCUGUGCCUCACACCUGGCUGUCACCUUCCUGCACUAUGGCUGUGCCACCUUCAUGUAUGUGCGUCCCAAGUCCAGCUACUCCCCGAGGCAGGACCGCACCCUGGCACUCAUCUACACCAACAUCACCCCGCUGCUCUACCCGCUCAUCUACAGCCUGCGCAACCGGGAGAUCACCGCUGCCAUCCGCAGGGUGCUGGGGCGGUGGCGGCCGGGCCAGGCACAGGCGCACACUGUGCGUGAACCCUGAGAGCAGACGGGGCUAGGCCAGAGUGGACAGGUCCGCUCUGUCAAGGUCUGGGCACCAGGUGGUGUCAGCAUCAGCAAUGCCACCAGGGGGGACUCAAGGACCGCAUUCAGGAAAGAGAACCUGGAAACAUGUCCACAGAAGGACAGCCUCCCAGCAUCCUCCACUGUCCCAGGAGGAACAGCCAAAGACAGCGCCGCACAGACCCGAAACCUGCCUCCGGCGCCUCCACGAGCACCUGCUGAGUCCUUCCCACGCCCUGGGGCCUGCAGGACGCUGGGCUUGCAGCGAUGCACGGAGCCCAAGGCGUGGCCGCAGGGAGCUCCCAGGCAAGACAAGCACGGAUGUUCAAACGUGUUCGUGUCAGCACUCCAAGACUCAGCAAAAGGUUACAAGUUGUUCACACACCAACGUGGGGCCGACUAACACACUGUGGCUCAUCCCCAUAAUGGAAUCCUACGCAGCGGCCAAACAGAAGGAGAAGGAAGGGGCGGAGGAGGUGGACACGUCUCAUCACACAUGGAAGCAUCUCUCACACAUGGGAAACGAAAAAGCGAGGUGCGUAACAGUACGUAUUAAGGCGUCACCCUUGACUCUGGCCUUGUCCUUGCCGUGUCCGCUCCCGGAGGGCUCCUCCCGCGCACCUUCCACAGCCCGGCGCCCUGUCCCUCGGAUGCCAUCUGAACUUAAAGACUGACCGCUCACAGAAGAGGCCUGCACUGGUCGCCCUGUAUAACAUCACCUCUCUGCCUGCUUUCACAUCGUCACGCUUUAACUCUCAGGCAUCGCUCAUUACUG